AUGCAUCCUCUUGUGUGCCCAGAUUUCUGCAACCUCAGAUUUUCUUCAUCUCCUUCAUCGUUUUUCUGCAACCUUAGAUUUUCUUCAUCUCCUUCAUCGUUUUUCUGCAACCUCAGAUUUCCUUCAUCUCCUUCAUCGUUUUUCUACAACCUCAGAUUUCCUUCAUCUCCUUCAUCGUUUUUCUGCAACCUCAAAUUUCCUUCAUCGUGUGCCUGCAAAAACACACACGAUGAAGGAAAUUUGAGGUUGCAGAAAAACGAUGAAGGAGAUGAAGAAAAUCUGAGGUUGCAGAAAAACGAUGAAGGAGAUGAAGGAAAUCUGAAAUUGCAGAAAAACGAUGAAGGAAAACUGAGUAUUGGGUCUAGAGGUUGCAGGUUUUAUUGUCCCUCUCAUUCUAUGCGAGUCAUUAAAUCUGAUAGAGAGAUUUUCUUUGAGGAUGAUUUGGAUAGUGAAGCCUCUACGCAACGACCUGUUACUCUUGAAGAAGAUCAUAAUUUUCUCCCUAUACCAAUUGUUCCUUUCCCAAAUGAGGUUGUGAUUCUAAGAGAUCGAGAGCCUACAAUAUCAAAUGACUUUGUUGUAUAUCUCCAAGAGCAUGAGUUUGAUAUUCAUGAUGAUGAUGAUCCUACCACUUUUAAUGAAGCAAUUUCUUGUUCUCAUGCUUCUAAUUGGCUGAAUGAUAUGCACGAUGAAUUAAAUUCUGUGUCUCAUAAUGGUGUUUGGGAUCUCACAGAGUUUCCAGUUGGUUGCAAGGCCAUUGGAUGUAAAUGGGCUUUCAAAACUAAACGUGACCACGAUGGUAAGAUUGACAGAUAUAAAGCCAGACUAGUGACAAAGGGCUAUAGUCAAAGAGAGGGGAUUGAUUACAAAGAAACUUUCUCACCCGUCUUUACCAAAGAUGCCUUUCGAGUUGUUAUGGCUUUGGUUGCACACUUUAAUUUGGAACUUCACCAGAUGGAUGUGAAGACAACUUUUCUGAAUGGAGAACUUGUUGAAAAUGUUUACAUGAUUCAACCUGAAGUUUUUAUUGAAGUAUGA